AUUUUUUUUUCUUGUUAUAUAAUGCGACUUGUUAAAGGAAAUAUAGACCAAUCACUCGUAAUAGUUGGUGCAAUAAUCUUAAUAUUAGACUUUUGGAUUAUCUACGAUGCUAUUAUCUCAACUCGAUCUAUAGCUUAUAAAAUGGCUUGUACAAUUGUCAUAUCUUUAUUUCCAUUUGUUGGCUUACUUUUGUAUUUACCAAUAACAUUUUUAUUCUCUUGACCACAAACAAACAAACAAGCAAGAACUAGCUGCAUAUCAUUAUUAUAAUAAUAAUACUUUCUACAUUAUAGCUCUUAAUUGAACCAGAUCAUUUAGUAAUCUAUUACG